GCGGACGGAGCAGGCGUGACGUCGCUGCUCGCAGAGAGGCCCACUCCUCGGCCGGCAAGCGGCAGACCCCGCCGAAGGACAAGAAGAAGAAGAAGAAGAAGAAGAAGAGCCGCCGAAGUGUGAAGCGGCUGGAGGAAGGGGAGGGGGGGAGGAAGUGGGGGGGGGGGGGGCACGUCACGGCAGCCACCGCCAGCAGGCUCCACACACGGGCAGCGGGGUGGGGGGCGGCGGAUGGAGCAGCCAUGGGUGCCCACGCACGUCCAGGUGACGGUGCUCCGAGGCAGGGGUCUGCGGGGCAAGGGCAAGCAGGGCACCAGCGACGUGUACGCCGUCAUCCAGCUGGCCAAGGAGAAGUACUCGACGCGCGUGGCGGAGAAGACCACCCAGCCCGAGUGGCGCGAGGAGUGCUGCUUCGAGCUGCAGCCCGGCGUCCUGGGGACCGGGACGGGCACGGACGCCGGGCCGCAGCUCGUCCUGACCGUCAUGCACCGCGCGCACAUCGGGCUCGACGUGUUCCUGGGCCAGGCGCUCAUCCAGCUGCGGAAACUCUUCCACGAGAGCCGCGGCGUGAAAAACCAGUGGUACCGACUCAACUCCAAGACGGGCAAGAAGGAGAAGGAGCGAGGCGACAUUCAAGUUAGCGUCCAGUUCACGCGCAACAACCUGACGGCUAGCAUGUACGACCUGGUCAUGAAGGACAAAGGGGGCGUUUCCACCUUCAGCAAACUGAAAGAACGCAUGAGGGGCAAGAGGAGAUCCAGUGAAGACGACUCCACCUCGGCCCCCGGCGCCACCCUGCCCGAGGGCGCCGACCCGCUGUGCCGCAUGCGUCAACGUUUGCCCAGCGACGGGGGCGGCGAGGAGGACUACGAGGACGACGAGGGCGGCGAAGUGAGGCGCAGUAAGAUGAGGACCUUCUUCCUCCGAGGCAAGCUGAGAAAGUCGUCGGACACGCGCUCCAGUACGUCGCUGGGCUCUGAGAGCAGCGAGUCGUCGCGGGGGGGCAGCCUCAGCCCCACGGCGGGCAUCAGCGUUGUAGUCUCCGACCUCUCCAACUCGCCCAGCAACAGCAGCAACCUGACCGCUGACAGCCCAGAGCGCACAGCAGACGCAUCACCCAAGUUAUCUCCCGUGCGCUGUGACUUUAGCGACGAGAUCAAUGAAAUCACCAUAGCCGUGCCUCAGCUCUCCGCGGGUGUCAACGGAUCGCACAAGCUGCAGCCCCGGGAUCAGGCCUCGGCAGCCCCGGGCGCUUCUUUGGCCGUGGGGCACCCGCAGAAGACAUUGCCUCUCUCGGUGUCGUUGCAGAACCUCCGCCCGCGGGCCUCAGCCGACCCCCUGCACGGCACCGUGGGCGACGGACGGCGGUGGUCUUUCGACAAGGCCGGUGAGGAGGAGGGCGCGGCCAUCGCGGCAGCCAUGGAGAAAAACCGCCCCGCGCUGGGCCGAGAAGACAAGCGCGAGGAAGCCGAACGAGACCCUGGCACUGAGGGGAAACACAAAGGAUGGUUCCGGUCCAUGGACUUGCACAGUAAACCCAGCCCGGGGCCGCCUCCUAAACUAGACCCCAGCACUGAGCCGCCCGUUUCCCCAUUGCACCACUCUAAUCCCUUCUGUCCCUCGCCACCCGUGUCACCAGUCAACCCUUUCCUCUUGCGAGACGUUAUCUACGAUGCCUCGCCGCCCCCUCUGCCCUUUCUUUCCAGUUCUCGGCCACCCAUAGAGCAACUCUUUCCAAAGGCGAGUCACCCAAUCACCCAGAUUUGGGACAGUCCAACUACCGAAGACCUUGUCAUUAAAAUGGGCAGAGUUGCACCAACAACAUCCAUGAAAGAGAAAAUACCUUUAAGCAAGAAGUAUUCCAACCCUUUUACAUCUGCAGAAGAACAGCAACCUGAUAGAGAAUGGGACGAUUCCUUUGAGGAGUUUGCGACUUGCAGGCUGCAAGGGCCGAAAGGCCAAACAUCGGACAGCUUAGCCAGUGUCCAUCAGAGGGAACAUGUCAGCGAUGAAGGGAUUGACUCCCUGAAUACCAAAGGUGUUACAUUGAGCAACUACAUGAACUGUGGCCACCUCCACUCUCUGGACCCGAUCCCAGAGGAUGAAAGCUUUGAGUACGUCUUUAGCACAUCUGCUGUCUCUUCGGAAUUCUACCCGGCCCCUGAAUGGCAUAAAGCUAACAGCACCACUAACAUGCCUCCCUGCUUUUCAGAUCCCACUGGUUCGUCAGGUCUCGGUAGUUCGGUUGAAGAUGAUUUCCUCUCCUGUUUCUCUUCGUAUUCGGCGUCAGACAAGUUCUCAGCAUGUUCCUCGGAUGAAACCGAGCCACAGACUUUCGAGAGUGUUGUUCCCAGCUUGGAGAUCUUGGCCCAAACGGCUGUCACUCCAAAGGGUUCUAGUUCUACAGAUGAGCUUUUCACUGAUUCAGCCCAACAAACUGUGAAUCAGAGUGAAGAUUCGGAUUGGUGGGACUCAGAGGGGUCGCUAGUCUUUACGCCACCGCCGACCAUGUCUACCGGAAUGACGACGGGUUUAGAAGCUGCAGACAUGCAGACGCCAGAGAACCUGGACCUACAGCAAAAUUCCAACAUCUCUCCGCUGUCUGACGACGAGAAUGAAGGGGUACCUCAAGGUGAAUCCAGUGGCCAACCAUCUCUGUAUGUCCGCACCUCUUCACCAGGAAUUGGCCAUUCCUCAUCUUUUGAAGACCAGGAAAUGCAGGAGGGUUGCUGGGAGUCUCCUGUACCCUUCAAGCAUUUUGGAUCUUUUAACCAGAGCACCAAUAGCUUUCUCCAAAGCCUCUACGUUACCGCCGGCUCACAAGACGACCAAAAUUGCCAUUCUCUAGCGCCCUCAGAAUCCUCUGGGGUAUCCGAGCCUGCUGAGAGGUUCCACUCUGAGAACCCGACCUUCUGUGGCGAGCUGGGAGAGAUUCGGGAAGCUGCUGGUGAUUCAGUGAGUCCAGAUGGACCAAACAACCAAUCUGACUGGUUGUCUCCGGUGCCGGAAAGCAGACCAGAUACUGGUGAACCAGGUUUCACAGCAAGGGACAACAUGAGUUCUCAAUUUUUCCCUGCCACAGACAUGUUUCCGAAACCUGUUGCGGGCAACCAAUUCGCUGUUCUCGACGGACAGUUUGUAAAAAAACCUCCACCACAACUCCCACAUAUAUCCCAGAGUACCAGGAGCUUUCUCCAAAGCCUCAAUGGCAACUUGGCACGCCAUCAAAACCAGUACGGUAUAUCUGAGCCCUCUGAGACACUCGACUCAGAGAAAUCCACCUUUUUUGGGGAACAAGGAGAGAUUUCAGAAUCCCCCGGUGUUUCAGAAAGCCUAAAGGGUUCUCCAGAUAAGCCAAACAACCAAACUCACUGGUUGUCUCUGUUGCCUGUGGCCAGACCAGAUAUUUUUGAGCCAGGUUUCACAGCAGGGGACGACGGAUGUUCUGAAGUUCUCCCUGUGACUCAUACAGACUCAUAUCAGAGACCCAUUGAGGGUGAACAGUUCACCGAUCUGGGUGACAUGUUUGUGAAAAAAACUUCACGACAACGACCAAAAAUAUCCCAGAGCACCAGCACCUUUCUCCAAAGGCUCGACAGCAACUGGCAGGACCACCAAAACCUUAACUGCGUGUCCGAGCCCACUAAGAGGGUAGAUUCUGAGAAAUCCACUUUCUGUGGGGAGCUAGGAGAGAUUCCGGAACCCACCAGUGCUUCGGUGAGCCCUGUGGGUUCUACCAGUGGCGCAAACAACCAGCCUGAUUCAUCGUCUCUGGGGACAGAGGACAGACCAGAUACUUUUGAGCCAGGUUUCACAGAUCCUUGUGACUUAGGCUUCACAGCAGGGAAUGAGGGGGGUUCUCAAUUCCUCCCCGUGACCCCUACAGACUCUUAUCUGAAGCCGGUUGACGGCGAUCAGUUCGCUGUUCUCCCUCAAAUAUGCCAGAGCACUAGGAGUUUUCUCCAAAGCCUCGACGGUAACUUGCAAUACCAUUACGACGUAGCCACGCCCACUGAGAGGAUUGUCGAUACCAACUGUAGGGAGUUAGGAGAGAUUCCGCAUACCACCAGUGUUGCAGUGAUUCCAGAGUGUUCUCCUGAUGACACGAAAAAACAAAAUGACUUGUUGUCUCUGGUGACGGACACCAGACCAGAUCCGCAUGAGCCAGGUUUCACAGAUUCUUGUGAGUCAAGUUUAACAGCAGGGCAUGACGGGAGUUCUCAAGAUCUCCCUGCAACUCCAUCAGACUCAUACCCGAAGCCUGUCGGGGUCAAUCAGUUCACUGCUUUCGAUGACAUGUUUGUGAAAAACACUCUGCCACGACUUCCCAAAAUAUUCCAAAGAACGAGGAGCGUCCCCUCAUUCCUCCUAUCUCAAAACCAUUACGGUGCAUCCAAGCACACUCAGAGGCGGGGCUCCGAGAACUCCACCAUCUUCGGGGAGUUCGGCGAGGCUACAGAAGCCGCUGGUGCUUCAGUGAGCCGUUCCGAUUGUGGACCAAACAUCAACACACACAUCAGUGAUUGGUUGGCUCUGGUGAUGGAGGACAGACGAGAUACGCGUUUCCCAGAAGGGGGCCACAGGAGUUCGCAAGUUCUUCCGGCAACUUCAACAGACUCGAAGCCCGACGAGGUUCUCGAUGACACGUUCAUGAAUAACCCAUUGCCGCAACGCCCCACAUUGCACCGCACCCAGUCUGAGAGUACGUUCGCCUGGGACAAGACCCUUCCACUGUCCUUCUGGAACGAGCCCCGCCCCCUCCAGGCACCAUCCACACCCCCUGCCUCCCCCUCCCUUUCUACCUCCUCCGCCCCUCCGCUAACCCGUCAAAGUAGUUGCUUCCCCUCGUUCCUUUCCAAUGCUUCGCCGCUGCCUGCCACGCUGAACUCUCAGGAGGCGCAGGAAAGCCGGCAGCAGCACGCCGCCCGUCAGGAGCCCAGCCCCCACCCGGUGCGGCCCCUGAGCGGCGGCUCGCUGGCCGAAAGCCGCUCGGUCCUGGAGAAGAUCAAGUCCGGCGUCCUUCCCGGCAGGAGCGGCCAGCCCGGCGAAAAGGUUACAUUUCAUUCUUCGGGCUUUUUCGAAUACACGGUGCAUCGAGCGCUGGCGAAUCCCUUCCGGAUGCCACGUACGUACAUUCCCUCGGCCUUUCGUUUUCAGAUCCUGACAGAGGGCGCCGGCUCGUACUACCACCUGACCCACAGCGAGCUGAUCGGGCUUCUGGUGCGGCGCGAGGCCGAUCUGGAGCUGCAGAAGGUCGCCUUUCAGCAGCAGCGCGCCCUGCUGGCCAAGCGGGAGGUGGAGCUGCGUAGGCUGAAGCCGCAGGUCCGGGACCUGGAGGACUACAUUGACACCCUUCUGGUGCGCAUCAUGGAGCAGAAGCCCACCCUCCUGCAGGUGCGCUCUAGGCUCAAAUGACGGCACCCAACCCCCCCCCCCCCCCAACAGCUUUUUAGUCUCUUCACUGCUACGGUGUCCCUUUUUGAUACGAGCGUUUUGCAACGGUCCUCAAACUUUUUGGGUCCAGUAGAACAUGAUUACAACGCGUACCCCUAAAUGCCAUCGGGAUUAAAACGUUACCUUUUACGAAGAGAAAGUUUGUAAUGUUAUGAUAACACAUUCAUAUUUUGGGGAGGAAAACGGUUGAAAUUCUCACAUGAUCAAUUAUGUAUUUUGUCUGGACAAAAAGUUGUAUUUUUCCAAGAUGAAGUCACAAAUUAUGAUAUUAAAGUCACGGUUUAACAAGGCAAGAAAGUCAUAUAGGGCUGCUACUAACGAUUAUUUUAAUAAUCGAUUAAUCUGUCUAUUUUUUUGGAUGAAUCGGAUGAAAAAACUUUUUUCAUUUCCAUGUCUUUAUUCAAAAACAGGACAUUAUUUCAAAUUGAUAGGGCAGAAAAUGCACAAACUUAAACUGAUUAUGAUUCAGUUACUGGUUUUGUCUGUAACAUUUCAGAAAAGGAUUGAACUUUUUCCCCCCUAGAAAAACAUGAGGGGCGCGCCGCUGACUUUAAUUCUACGAUGGCAGCGCCCACCCCUGGCCACCAGGUAGCUCCGCCCCUGCAAAACAACGAAUAUUUGGGGUUCACUGUACCCCUUAAAGCAAAAGGAAAUAAAAAUAUGCCCGUUUAUGAGAGAAAAAAGUUGUCACCUUACCAUUAUUAUUUUAGUUUUAUUGGCCCGCUUUGAAAUGAUAUGACAUACAGUGAUAAUGUAUUGCAAAUUAUUUGGCGGACCCCCAAGAUAGGACUCGUGUAGCCCCGCGGGUACCCGGACCCCAGUUUGAGAACCACUGGUUUCGAGAUGCUGCAGUGUUCCGGACGUGCUCGCCGAUCCUUAGCUGGUCCUCAGGUUGUUCUCGGCGCGUGCGGCACGUUUGCUGGGUUUUAACAUGGCGGACAUGUGAGCAGCCGUGUUGUUGGAUGCCGACUCGGAGGGGCGGGGAGUGGAGAAAAACAAAACAAAACAUCCCUUUCACCUCACCUUGCCUGUUUUGAUCACAAAUGCAGACUGUUCAACCUUAUUUGUCGAUUUCAUCAGGAACUGCUGGACAUUUUUUACAGCGACGUGUGGAGAAGGAAAAGACACAACUGAAGGCAAUAAUUGUUCAAAGUCAGAACUUUUGCAAGAAAAAGAUUGGAGGGGCACCGACCCCUUAGGCUAAAUACUGCAAAAAAAAAAAAAAAAGCUUUUUAUUUUUUUAUUCCAAAUUCUAUGUGCAAUCUGCUUUGUUUUACGUCAAAAAAGGAACAUUAUUAAGCUCACUUACAUUAGGGCCACACUUAAAGACACUUGUCUUCUUAUGAGAAUAAAGAUAAAACUUAAGACAUUUUUGUAGAAAAUGUUUUAAUUUGACAAGAGCAUAGUUUUAUGAAUAUUAUGAGAAUAAAGGUGUCUAUUUUUUGGUAAAAAAAUAAGUAUAGAUUAAGAAAAAAAGUGAAAAAAAAAAAAAAAAGUUUUUAAGUGAAUAAAGUUGUUUUCUUUCAUGAAAAACAUGAUAAACCAGGAAUAAAAUUGUAAUUGUAUGAGGGGAAGUGAAGGAAGUUUAAUUUCAUAAUGCAACUCUUUCUCUUAUUACUUUUUAUCCGGAAAAUCUCGGCAGAUUGAAUUAUUUACCAAGAAUAGACAGCAUUUGUUUUCUCGUAAUUAUCUUGAAAACGUGGCUUUACUUUAAUAAGAUUGCGAAUUUAUUCUCAAAAGAUAAUGACUUUUUUGUAGGAAACAUGACUUUUUUUCCAAAAACACAAACAACAUUUUUGUUCUUGUCUUAUUUUUCUCAAAAAUAUACAGCUUUAUUCUCGUAAAAUUAAGUUUUUGUUCUUGAAAAUGUAUUUUUCUUUGGGGGAAAAAAUCUGACUUCAUUUAGAAAAAAAAACAUGUUCUUGUAGGAUCAUGAUUUAAGUCUUAGAUUAUUCUUUUUUUUUUUCGUUUUGGUGUGGCCCUAAUAUUCCUUGGUAGCAGACGCAGUCACGGCGAUCGAUUGAAGCUGGUCACAUUUGCUAGGCUCCUUGUUGCUAGGCAGAAUUCACCGGGCUCAAUCGUAAAUGCCCCAUAGGCCAAUGAAAGUUAAUUAGCACGGUCACUUGGCUGUUUGAUGAAGGAAAUGACUCCCAAAAUAGGAUCGUUAGGUUCAUUUAUACAUCUCAGUUUCGCAGUUGAAAAGCUGUUCUGUAUUAAAUAGAAAAUGUGCAACAGAAAAGUCUGUAUUUAUGGUUGGAUUCAUUUUGUUUUCAUCCCACAAGUUCUCGCUUGUCGUGCACUGACGAAAAGCAGUACAAGAACUCGGCGUUGUAAUUACUCGAUUAGCUGAUGCUGUGCUAUGCUAGCUGACCAAUGUACAAAAAGUGUUCUUAGCCAGCGAGCGAAUGCUUCUUUCUGUCCCAUUUGAAGCUUUUUUCUCAAUUCUGAAUAACAACCCACUUCUGCUUGCCACCGAGUAAAACAUAUUUAAACAUACAGUGUAAACCCGAAUGCCAACUGCGCCUUAGUUUUCAUUUUCUUUUCAUGUUUUUGUUAAUUUUUUAAUCGAGCACUUAAGCUAAUAAAAUGCGAUGUUGUCUAUCAGAGGUUCUCAAACUUUUUGAUGGGGAAACAUUUUUCCGGGACCCCUCAGAAUCCUAAUGCCAAUUAAACAUCAGUAAAUGCCGCAGAAAUUUUGAAAAAUUCAGAAAAUAAGUUAUGUCAUAACAAAAAAGAAUUGAAAAAAAGAUCGGGCUAAGAAGUCAUAAUCUUCUGAGCAUAAAGUCAUAUUUUCCAAGAUAAAAUCGUAAUAUUAUGAUAUUCAAGUCAAAGAGUAUUGAGGGAAGCAAGCGAAUUUCAAAAAUACAACUUUAUUAUUGCAAUACUACGCCCUUAACUCUGAAAAAGAUGCCUUUGGAGUUAUCUGUGGCAGUAUAUUUUUGGAAAAAAAAUUUGCUUUUGUUCUCGAAAAAAAAAGACUUCAUAUGCCCAUAGGGAGGAGUAAUUGGUAUAGUUUGUUUUGUUGGCACACUGGUCCCUUUAUGUACAGCAGGUAUGAACUUUUUAAAAACGGUACAACAUACCGUGGUGCCCUGACAUAUGAGAUUAAUUAAGAUUCUGUGAACACGUUCGUAACUCAAAACGCAUUGAAAUGAAUAGAAAUGAAUAUUAAUCCGUUACAGCCUCUGCCCCCCCCCCCCCCCCCCGCCUCUACCCCCCCAAAAAAAACCAGACAAAAAUGUUUGUGAUGUCAUUAUGCCAAGAAAAAUUGUUUGCGUCAAUUCAAUGGACAUCGCGUACUGCUCCUUCUGGUGCACGCACGUUGGCCACCUGGGGGCAGUGCAGUAAUAGUAGUCAUUCUUCGCAGAGGAUAAGUAAUAUGCUUGUGAGUGUUGUUGCGUUAUCUGUCUACAUCAAGGCACCACUGUUAUUGCAAAUGAAUCCACAAAGCCCGGGGACCAGGGACCCCAGUUUGAGAACCGCUGGUUGAGCUCACCGCACAACGGUAGCGUAACGUAAAGACGUCUUCCGCUGCGACGCCACUUUGAGCGGCAUCAUCACCAUGUGACUCCUGCCAGCACCACGUCGCACUUGCGCUUUGACGUCGCCAAACGCCACGAGUAGACGUACGGUACACGCGACUCUGCACUUAUCAACCAAUACAGUGCAUCCGGAAAGCAGUGGCAGCGCUGGACUUUUUCCACAUUAAAUUAGAUGAAAUUCUUUUCUUUUUUUUCCCCUCCUAAUUCUAAAAGUCUCUAAAAGUGAAGCACUGUGGCUGUUUUCCAGAUGCACGGAAGUAUUCACAGCGUUUCACUUUUUCCACAUUUUAGUAAGCUUAGAAAAAACACCAUUUAUUUUCCCAGAUUGUCCGCAAAAAAAAAAGCGGAUUAAUCGACAAGUCAACUCGUCGACUUCAGCACUCCGCAUCGACUAUUCACGCGUGGAGUCGACUCGUCGUUAAUCCCGUGUGUUUUUGGAAUCUCGCCUUCCAACUGACGAAUUUACAGAAGGCUUUCGACUUGCCCGUCUGCGGCUGUCGCCGGAUUUUAACAUUCUACCCGGAGUAGCGAAAUGUCCGCCCAACAAGGCGACAGGGUCUGCAAACGUCUGCGUCAAAUGGUGGCGGUUGGGAAUAGCGAACAAUGACGGUUUGUUUGUUUUUAUCUGCUUCUGUACCUGUGUGCGGAAAUAUGUCUUAACGUGAAAACGGUCAAUGGCUCAAAAAAGGUCGGGCCGCGCUGUUCUGAAAAAACUUCGACUCAACUUCCAUCACAUUAUAGUCGACUAUAAAAACAAAUCGUUAGUCGUUCCAACCCUAAUACGGGACAAGAAUUCGUGUUAACAAAUGCACAAUCAAGUGAGUGGUCAAUAUUUUAUUGAUGGACCAUUACAGCCAAGUUUUGCCCGUUCCUCUCAAGCGGCCAUUUUCAGAUCUCUCAUGAUUCAAGUGGGGAAAACAUUCACUUAACAUAACAAAAGGUGGAAAAAGCUGUGAAGCGCUGUGAAUACUUUGCGGAUGCACCGUACACCUUGUCUUCCAUUUUGAAAACUUUUUGAUGCGCCGAAUGUAUUUUGUCGUGGGCGGUGCAGGCCUCUCCAGGCCCGAUCUGGAAAGGAACGUUUACAAGCAGUGAUGAUGCAACUAUGUUUCACACAAUUUUGUAUAUUUAAUAAAGAAUAUUUAGUGUUUCUUCCUCACAGUA